CAGCCCGCAGCUAGGGGCAGGGGCAGCGGUGGCUGGGGUUGGGGGUGGGUGGGGAGCUUUUGGGGAGGACAGGUCGCAGCUUGGCUAUGGAAGGCUCCAAUGGCUUUGGGAUCGACUCCAUUCUCUCCCACCGUGCGGCCAGCCCCGCCCUUCCCAAGGGGGACCCCUUGCUUGGGGACUGCCGCUCGCCCCUGGAGCUGAGUCCGCGCUCGGAGAGCAGCAGCGACUGCUCUUCACCAGCCUCACCAGGAAGGGACUGUCUGGAGACGGGCACCCCGCGGCCUGGCGGGGCAUCAGGCCCAGGUUUGGACUCUCACCUGCAGCCUGGGCAGCUCUCGGCCCCAGCCCAGUCGCGCACCGUGACCUCCUCCUUUCUGAUCAGGGACAUCCUUGCCGACUGCAAACCACUAGCGGCCUGUGCACCCUACUCUAGCAGCGGGCAGCCGGCCGCCCCUGAGCCUGGGGGCCGUCUCGUGGCCAAGGCUGGGGAGGACUUUAGAGACAAGCUGGACAAAAGUGGCAGCAACGCCUCAUCGGACUCUGAGUAUAAAGUGAAGGAGGAGGGCGACCGCGAGAUCUCCAGCUCCCGGGACAGCCCCCCUGUGCGCCUGAAGAAGCCGCGCAAGGCCCGCACGGCCUUCACCGACCAUCAGCUGGCGCAGCUGGAGCGCAGCUUCGAGCGGCAGAAAUACCUGAGCGUGCAGGACCGCAUGGAGCUCGCCGCUUCGCUCAACCUCACCGACACGCAGGUCAAGACCUGGUACCAGAACCGCAGGACUAAAUGGAAGCGACAGACGGCAGUCGGGUUGGAGCUGCUGGCGGAGGCGGGCAAUUACUCAGCGCUCCAGCGGAUGUUCCCGUCGCCUUAUUUCUACCCGCAGAGUCUAGUUUCCAACCUGGAUCCCGGCGCCGCCCUGUAUCUGUACCGCGGGCCCAGCGCGCCGCCGCCCGCCCUGCAGAGACCUCUGGUGCCCCGCAUCCUCAUCCACGGACUCCAGGGCGCCAGCGAGCCGCCCCCGCCGCUGCCCCCGCUGGCCGGCGUCCUCCCGCGCGCCGCUCAGCCUCGGUGAAGCGCCCGGCCGCCUCCCCGGGGCUCUGCGUGGGCCCCUGCCGCCUGCCGCUCCCCGGGCGCGGGGUUUCCACGCCCCUUCCCCGGGGACCCCCUGGCCGGCC